CCUCGCCCCGGCCGGGCGCCCGGCUCUUCCGGCCCGGGGAGCGGGGAUGCGGGCGAGUCUGGCCGCCCCAGCCGCCCCAGUCUCUGGUGUCGAGAAGGCGGACGGACCCCUUCGCCUCCGUCAGGAUUGAAACUACAGGAUGGCUGACCGGGACUCCGGGGCCAUUAGCCCCCUCCAACAGAUGGUGGCCUCGGGCGCUGGGUCUGUGGUCACCACCCUCUUCAUGACACCCCUGGACGUGGUGAAGGUACGCUUGCAGUCUCAGCGCCCGUCGGUGGCCAGUGAGAUGAUGCCAUCUUCCAGAUCCUGGAGCCUCUCCUACACCAAAUUGCCUUCUUCUCUCCAACCCACAGGGAAGUGCCUCCUUUACUGCAACGGUGUCCUGGAGCCCUUGUACCUGUGCCCAAAUGGCGCCCGCUGUGCCACCUGGUUUCACGACCCCACUCGCUUCACUGGCACCAUGGAUGCCUUUGUGAAGAUUGUGAGACAUGAGGGCCCCAGGACCCUGUGGAGCGGCCUCCCAGCCACCCUGGUGAUGACUGUGCCUGCCACCGCCAUCUACUUCACUGCCUACGACCAACUCAAGACCUUCCUCUGUGGUCGAGCCCUGACCUCUGACCUCUACGCACCGAUGGUGGCUGGUGCCCUGGCUCGCUUGGGUACGGUGACGGUGGUCAGCCCCCUCGAGCUGGUGCGGACUAAGCUGCAGGCCCAGCACGUGUCCUACCGGGAGCUGGGCGCCUGUGUCCGAGCCGCGGUGGCGCAGGGCGGCUGGCGCUCGCUGUGGCUGGGUUGGGGCCCUACUGCCCUCCGGGAUGUGCCCUUCUCAGCCCUGUACUGGUUCAACUACGAGCUGAUGAAGAGCUGGCUUAGCGGGCACAGGCCGAAGGACCAGACCUCCGUGGGCGUCAGCUUUGUGGCCGGUGGCGUCUCGGGAACCGUGGCGGCCAUCCUGACUCUACCUUUUGACGUGGUGAAGACUCAGCGCCAGAUUGCUCUGGGAGCCGUGGAGGCUGUGAGAGUGACGCCCCCACGCGCUCACUCCACCUGGCUGCUGCUGCGGAGGAUCCUGGCCGAGUCGGGCACCAGGGGGCUCUUCGCGGGCUUCCUCCCCAGGCUCAUCAAGGCCGCCCCCUCCUGUGCCAUCAUGAUCAGCACUUAUGAGUUCAGCAAAGGCUUCUUCCAGAGGCUCAACCAGGAACGGCCUCUGGGCCCUUGAACGGGGCCUGGGAUGAGGACCCCAUCUCUUCCACGGGUGGGGUAGAGCAGGAAACUGAGCCAAGUGCCUUUUCCUCAGCUCUGAGGGGAGGGGUUCCAGGGGUGGGGGCUGCCCCUCCGGCCCGCCCAGGCUCUCCUCAGACAGCUUUCUUCCUGCUGCUUCACACUCCUAGCCUCAAGGAUCAUCACUUUUCUGUCCCACCCCCCCAGAUUUCAAGACCAAAUUUGCUGUCUCGCUGUCCCACCCCUUUCCCUGCGUGUUUGCUGUAGCUGGGCCUGCCCCCAGGAGCCAAACACCCUGGGCCUGGUGUAGCCUGUACCCUCUGCUGUCCAUUCCUGAGUCUAAAGAUGGUGAACUUCUCUCUGGUGCCUGUGACUAUGGGGGCCUGGGGUAGGGGAAGAAAGUGGGCCU